ACUGUAGCGAGCGAAGCGACCAACAUUUUACAAUCAGUUGACAUAAUUGAAAUUUUGAAGGUUUAGAAGGAAGAGGCUCUGAGACAAGUCAAGUGGUGGCUGGCAGCUCGUAUUACAAAACGCACUAAGCAGUAUUAAUUUAAUUAAAGGAAAUAAGAGCGAACGACAACAAACUAAGAAAUUUUACAAAAUCGACAACUAAAAAUAUAAACGUAAUACAAAGCAACGAACGAAACGAGCAUACAAGCAAGAUGGAGAAUUUUACGCCUAAAGAGGUGAAAAUUCUAGAAACCGUCGAAGAUAUUCAAGAGCGUCGAGAACAGGUUCUUUCGCGGUAUAAUGAAUUUAAGAUUGAGACCCGUCAAAAGCGUGAGAAGUUAGAGGAUUCACGCCGCUUUCAAUACUUUAAGCGUGAUGCAGAUGAAUUGGAAUCAUGGAUUCACGAAAAAUUACAAGCUGCAAGUGAAGAAAGCUAUCGUGACCCGACCAAUUUGCAGGCGAAGAUACAAAAACAUCAAGCUUUCGAAGCGGAAGUGUCGGCUCAUAGUAAUGCCAUUGUCUCGCUUGAUAACACCGGUCAAGAGAUGAUCAAUCAACAGCACUUUGCCUCCGAAACGAUUUUGCGUCGCUUGGAUGAACUGCAUCGUUUGUGGGAAUUACUUUUGAGUCGUUUAGCUGAGAAAGGUCAAAAAUUGCAACAGGCACUUGUAUUGGUACAGUUUUUGCGCCAAUGUGAAGAAGUAAUGUUCUGGAUUAAAGAUAAGGAGGCAUUCGUUACAGCCGAUGAAUUCGGUCAAGAUUUGGAGCACGUUGAGGUAUUGCAGCGCAAAUUCGAUGAGUUCCAAAAAGAUAUGGCUUCACAAGAAUAUCGUGUCAAUGAAGUAAAUCAAUUGGCUGAUAAGUUAGUGCAGGAUGGUCAUCCGGAACGAGAAACCAUUACUAAACGUAAGGAAGAGUUGAACGAGGCCUGGCAACGGCUUAAACAAUUGGCAAUUGUGCGUCAGGAGAAAUUAUUUGGUGCCCAUGAAAUUCAACGUUUCAAUCGUGAUGCCGAUGAAACCGUAGCCUGGAUCGCCGAAAAAGAUGUGGUGUUGUCAUCAGAUGACUACGGACGUGACUUGGCCAGCGUACAGGCUUUGCAGCGUAAACAUGAAGGCGUCGAACGUGAUCUCGCUGCAUUGGAGGAUAAAGUAUCCACUUUGGGAGCGGAAGCGUUGCGUCUAUGUUCCAUUCAUGCCGAUCAUAGCGAUCAAAUACGCGAAAAGCAAGCAGAAAUUGCCAACUACUGGCAGAGCUUGACGGCAAAGGCACGCGAACGCAAACAGAAAUUGGAUGAAUCCUACUUUUUGCAUCGUUUUCUAGCCGACUUCCGUGAUUUGGUAUCUUGGAUUAACGGUAUGAAAGCCAUUAUUUCCGCCGAUGAAUUGGCCAAGGAUGUUGCCGGAGCAGAAGCUCUAUUGGAACGUCAUCAAGAGCAUAAGGGUGAAAUCGAUGCACGUGAAGACAGUUUUAAAUUAACUACCGAAUCGGGACGUAAACUAUUGGAACGUGAACAUUAUGCUGCUGCCGAAAUACAAGAAAAAUUAGCUGCACUUGAAAACGAUAAAAGUUCAUUAUUGUCUUUAUGGGAAGAUCGUCGCAUCUUAUACGAGCAAUGCAUGGAUUUGCAAUUGUUCUAUCGUGAUACUGAACAAGCAGAUACAUGGAUGGCCAAGCAAGAGGCUUUUCUAGCUAAUGAAGAUCUCGGUGAUUCUUUGGACUCUGUGGAGGCAUUGAUUAAAAAGCACGAAGACUUUGAAAAGAGUCUCGCUGCACAAGAAGAAAAAAUCAAAGCACUUGAUAUAUUCGCUACUAAACUGAUUGAUGGACAACAUUAUGCGGCCGACGAUGUAGCGCAGCGCCGUCAAAUGCUGCUAGCACGCCGAUCGGCAUUGCAAGAGAAAUCUGCACGGCGCCGACAAUUGUUGGAAGAUUCCAAUCGUUAUCAGCAGUUCGAACGGGACUGCGACGAAACCAAAGGUUGGAUUAGCGAAAAACUAAAAUUCGCCACUGACGACAGCUAUCUGGAUCCAACUAAUUUGAAUGGCAAAAUGCAGAAACAUCAAAACUUUGAACAUGAACUUAACGCCAAUAAAUCACGAAUUGAGGACAUAACAACUGUGGGUACCGAACUCAUCGAAAAGCAGCAUUAUGCCUCCGAUCAAAUCAAUACACGCAUGCAGGAAAUUGUUGUAUUGUGGGAAACACUGGUCCAAGCUUCGGAUAAGAAGGGCUGUAAAUUGCACGAGGCCUGCCAACAGCAGCAGUUCAAUCGAACCAUUGAAGACAUCGAACUGUGGCUGAGUGAAAUCGAGGGCCAAUUGUUGUCCGAGGAUCAUGGCAAAGAUUUGACAUCAGUACAAAAUUUACAGAAAAAGCACGCACUUCUUGAAGCAGAUGUCAUGGCUCAUCAAGAUCGUAUUGAAAGUAUUAAAGUAGCAGCUAAUAAAUUCAUCGAGUCUGGUCAUUUUGACGCCGACAAUAUCCGCAACAAGGAAGCUAACUUGUCCGAGCGUUACGCCGCACUAGCCGCACCAAUGGGCGAACGCAAACAACAUUUGCUCGACUCUUUGCAAGUACAGCAAUUGUUCCGCGACCUGGAAGAUGAAGCAGCUUGGAUCCGUGAAAAGGAACCCAUUGCAGCUUCCACCAAUCGUGGCCGUGACUUGAUUGGCGUGCAAAAUCUUAUUAAAAAACAUCAGGCUGUCUUGGCUGAGAUCAAUAAUCACGAACCUCGUUUACUUAAUGUUAUCAGCUCUGGAGAGAAUAUGUUAAAGGAACAGCCUUUUGCUAGUGAAGAUAUUCGUCAGCGCUUGGAUGCUUUGCAAGAACAAUGGAACAAUCUUAAGGAAAGAUCAAAUCAACGUAAACAAGAUCUUGAGGACUCAUUGCAAGCACACCAAUACUUUGCCGAUGCUAACGAAGCCGAGUCAUGGAUGCGUGAAAAGGAACCUAUAGCCACUAGUAAUGAUUAUGGUAAAGACGAAGACUCCGCUGAAGCAUUGCUGAAAAAGCACGAAGCAUUAGUCUCUGAUUUGGAAGCAUUCGGCAAUACAAUACAAGGAUUACAAGAGCAAGCUAGAAAUUGUCGUCAGCAAGAAACGCCUGUUGUCGAUAUCACUGGCAAGGAGUGUGUUGUAGCUCUCUACGAUUAUACGGAAAAAUCACCACGUGAGGUGUCAAUGAAAAAAGGUGACGUGCUUACGCUACUCAACUCUAAUAAUAAAGAUUGGUGGAAGGUAGAGGUGAACGAUCGUCAGGGAUUCGUGCCAGCUGCUUACAUCAAAAAAAUUGAAGCAGGUCUUAGUGCCAGUCAGCAAAAUCUAGUGGAUAAUCACUCUAUCGCUAAGCGACAGAAUCAAAUCAAUUCCCAAUACGAUAAUUUAUUAGCUUUGGCACGUGAACGUCAAAAUAAAUUGAACGAAACCGUAAAGGCUUACGUUCUAGUACGAGAAGCUGCCGAUUUGGCUAACUGGAUCAAGGAUAAAGAAAAUCAUGCACAAAUCGCUGAUGUUGUCGGUGAGGAUCUCGAAGAAGUGGAAGUAUUGCAAAAGAAAUUCGACGAUUUCAACGAUGAUCUAAAGGCUAACGAAGUACGAUUGGCCAAUAUGAAUGAAAUCGCGGUACAAUUGACUUCUCUCGGACAAACAGAGGCAGCCUUAAAAAUUCAAUCACAAAUGCAAGACCUUAACGAUAAAUGGAAUAAUCUACAACAAUUAACCGCCGAGAAGGCAAGCCAACUUGGCUCUGCUCAUGAAGUGCAACGUUUCCAUCGUGAUAUCGAUGAAACUAAAGACUGGAUUGCUGAAAAAGAGAAUGCUCUCAACAAUGAUGAUUUAGGUAAGGACUUACGCGGCGUACAAACAUUGCAGCGUAAACACGAAGGCGUUGAACGUGAUUUAGCAGCGUUACGUGACAAAAUACGUCAAUUAGACGAAACAGCAAAUCGUCUAAUGCAAUCACAUCCUGACACAGCUGAACAAACUUAUGCCAAACAAAAGGAAAUCAAUGAGAUGUGGGACCAAAUCAUUACAAAAGCCACUUUACGUAAAGAAAAGCUGUUGGAUUCAUACGAUUUGCAGCGCUUCCUUAGCGACUAUCGCGAUCUGCUUGCUUGGAUCAACUCAAUGAUGAGCCUAGUAACAUCUGAUGAGCUUGCCAACGAUGUAACUGGUGCGGAAGCUCUUAUCGAACGUCAUCAGGCUCGUCGCGCUGAAAUCGAAUCUAUUAUUGGACACAAUAACGCUGAGGAACAUCGCACAGAAAUCGACGCACGUGCUGGUACAUUUGCCGCUUUCGAGCAGUUUGGCAGUGAAUUGCUACAAUCGAAUCACUUUGCUUCACCCGAAAUCAAGGAAAAAAUUGAAGAUCUGGCCAAGACCCGUGAGGAAUUGGAGAAAGCAUGGACGGCACGCCGGCUACAACUUGAGCAAAACUUGGACUUGCAAUUGUAUAUGCGUGAUUGUGAGUUGGCAGAGUCGUGGAUGUCGGCACGGGAAGCUUUCCUUAAUGCAGAUGAUGUUGACAAUAAGGGCGAUAAUGUGGAAGCUUUAAUUAAAAAGCACGAAGAUUUUGAUAAGGCCAUUAAUGGGCAUGAAGAGAAGAUAGCAGCUCUUCAAGUAUUAGCCGAUACAUUAAUUAAUCAAAAUCACUAUGCAUCUAAUUUGAUUGAUGACAAGCGCAAGCAAGUGUUGGAGCGUUGGCGUCAUCUUAAAGAGGGUUUGAUUGAGAAACGUUCACGUUUGGGCGAUGAACAGACAUUGCAACAAUUCUCUCGCGAUGCUGAUGAAAUUGAAAAUUGGAUCGCUGAGAAAUUACAGCUUGCCACCGAGGAGAGCUACAAAGAUCCAGCUAAUAUUCAAUCGAAACAUCAAAAACAUCAGGCGUUCGAAGCCGAAUUGGCAGCAAAUGCCGAUCGUAUUCAAAGUGUUUUGGCUAUGGGUGAAAACCUGAUUGACAAGAAACAAUGCAGCGGCUCCGAAGAUGCUGUUCAAAAACGUUUGACACAAAUUGCCGAUCAAUGGGAAUACCUUACACAUAAGACAACGGAGAAAUCGUUGAAAUUGAAAGAAGCUAAUAAACAGCGCACAUAUAUUGCUGCUGUCAAGGAUUUGGAUUUCUGGUUGGGCGAGGUCGAAAGCUUGCUUACCACUGAGGAUUCUGGUAAGGAUUUGGCAUCAGUCCAAAACCUCAUGAAGAAACAUCAGUUGGUAGAGGCGGAUAUCGUGGCACACGAAGACCGCAUCAAGGACAUGAACAACCAGGCCGAUUCCUUGGUCGACAGCGGACAAUUUGAUAGUGCUGGUAUUCAAGAAAAACGUCAAAGUAUUAAUGAGCGUUAUGAACGCAUCUGCAAUUUGGCUGCACACCGUCAGGCACGUUUGAAUGAGGCACUUACUUUACAUCAAUUCUUCCGCGACAUUGCCGAUGAGGAAAGUUGGAUCAAAGAAAAGAAAUUAUUGGUUGGUUCAGAUGAUUAUGGUCGCGAUUUGACGGGUGUACAAAAUCUAAAGAAGAAACAUAAACGUCUUGAAGCCGAAUUGGCAUCACACGAGCCAGCCAUACAGGCUGUACAAGAGGCGGGUGAGAAAUUAAUGGAUGUUUCCAAUUUGGGUGUACCCGAAAUUGAACAACGUCUAAAGGCUUUAAAUCAGGCUUGGGCUGAACUUAAAAAUUUGGCUGCUACACGUGGACAAAAAUUGGAUGAAUCCCUUAUAUACCAACAAUUCUUAGCACAAGUUGAGGAAGAAGAGGCAUGGAUAACAGAAAAACAACAGUUACUCUCGGUCGACGACUACGGCGAUUCGAUGGCUGCUGUUCAAGGUCUUUUAAAGAAGCAUGACGCAUUUGAAACUGAUUUUGCAGCCCAUAAAGAUCGCUGCUCAUUGAUUUGCGAUCAAGGAAGUGAAUUGGUGGAAGCUAAAAACCACCAUGGUGACUCAAUCGCGCAACGCUGUCAACAAUUGCGCAAUAAAUUAGAUAACUUAAAUGCAUUGGCUGCUCGACGCAAAGGCGCUCUCUUAGACAAUUCAGCUUAUCUACAAUUCAUGUGGAAAGCUGAUGUAGUCGAAAGCUGGAUCGCCGAUAAAGAGAAUUACGUGCGCUCCGACGAAUAUGGGCGUGAUCUAUCAACAGUUCAAACAUUACUGACUAAGCAAGAGACAUUUGAUGCUGGUCUCAAUGCAUUUGAACAAGAAGGUAUACAUAAUAUUUCCGCUCUCAAGGAUCAACUCAUUAAUGCAAAUCACGCUCAAUCAGCCGCUAUUGUGAAACGUCAUGAAGAUGUCAUUUCACGUUGGAAUAAACUUCGCGAAGCUUCGGAGACACGCAAACAACGCUUGUUGGCCAUGCAAGAUCAGUUCCGCCAAAUCGAGGAACUCUACUUGACAUUUGCGAAGAAAGCUUCGGCCUUCAAUUCUUGGUUCGAAAAUGCCGAAGAGGACCUAACUGAUCCUGUUCGCUGCAAUUCGAUCGAAGAAAUACGUGCUUUGCGUGAUGCGCACGCACAAUUCCAGGCUUCACUGUCGUCAGCCGAAGCUGACUUUAAAGCACUGGCAGCGCUUGAUCAAAAGAUCAAGAGCUUCAAUGUUGGGCCUAACCCAUACACUUGGUUCACCAUGGAAGCUCUUGAAGAAACCUGGCGCAACUUGCAAAAGAUCAUAGAGGAGCGAGAUGGCGAAUUGGCUAAAGAGGCGAAGCGUCAAGAGGAAAACGAUAAAUUGCGAAAGGAAUUUGCCAAACAUGCUAAUCUUUUCCACACGUGGCUAACCGAAACGAGAACUAGUAUGAUGGAAGGCUCUGGUUCGUUGGAACAGCAAUUGGAAGCCCUUCGCAUCAAAGCCACCGAAGUACGUGCCCGUCGUGUUGACUUGAAGAAAAUUGAAGAAUUGGGCGCGCUACUAGAAGAGCAUUUGAUCUUGGACAACCGCUAUACAGAACAUUCAACAGUAGGACUGGCCCAACAAUGGGAUCAGCUAGAUCAACUAUCAAUGCGCAUGCAACAUAACUUAGAACAACAAAUACAGGCGCGCAAUCAUUCUGGUGUAUCCGAAGAUUCACUAAAAGAAUUCUCAAUGAUGUUCAAGCACUUUGACAAAGACAAAAGUGGUAAACUUAAUCACCAAGAAUUCAAAUCAUGUCUGCGAGCUCUCGGCUACGAUUUGCCCAUGGUUGAGGAAGGUCAACCAGAUCCAGAAUUCGAAGCUAUUCUUAAUGUUGUAGAUCCGAAUCGUGAUGGGCAUGUUUCGUUGCAAGAAUACAUAGCUUUCAUGAUUUCAAAGGAAACAGAGAAUGUCCAAUCCUACGAAGAAAUUGAAAAUGCUUUCCGCGCUAUCACUGCCUCCGACCGCCCCUACGUAACAAAGGAAGAACUUUACUGCAACCUAACCAAGGACAUGGCAGACUAUUGUGUACAGCGUAUGAAGCCUUAUUCAGAACCCCGCUCUGGUCAACCUAUAAAGGAUGCACUCGAUUAUAUCGAGUUUACGAGAACACUGUUUCAAAAUUAAAUCAAAAAUAAUAUUAAAAAUUUAAAUACUUUUCUUAAUAUCAAAGUGAAAUAUUUCCUGCAAUUACUUGGGUAGUUUAGAGUUAAGUAUUAUAUAUUCAUUGCCUAUUUGAGUUUCGCUUGCAACUAAGUAAAAAGUAUUUGGCAGCAAUAAAUAUCAAUUGCAAGUCAUAAAAGUAUCUAUGUAUGCCUCCACAUAAAUAAUAUGUUUACAUAUUUAUUAAUCACUUCUACAUAACGAGCAUUCUUGUAUGAUGCGAGAAAAUUAUAAUAUUCGUAUGCGUAUGCAUGCUUUCAGAAAAAAUAGCUUACUGCAACUUAUAAAUUUGUCUAAAUAGAGAGCAAGAUAGCCUGAACUUCCAUACAUCCAGCGGUAUAUGGGUGGCUAUAUUAAUUCAAAAUGAUUAAAUAUAACCUAAUCGAAAACAAAGAGAGUUUUUCAUAGAUUUUAUGACUGCAUUUGCUACGAGGCUUAAAAGUAGAAAAUAAACUAUUAAAUCUAAAAUGCUAUUGACUAAAAUUCAAUGACGAUAAUUCAUAGAAUUAUAUUUCCGUUUCUUUUGUAUACAAAUGCAUUUAUUUGACGCAAAUUUAAAGUAUUCAGAUGCACUUGAAAAUUUGCUAAUAUUUUAUUAAAUAAAAAAUUAUAUAUCUAUAUACUGCAUGUCUAAUAAAGAUAAUCGUAUACUUAUUAAA